CAGCCCAUGCCUGUUCAUCUGCUCCUAUCACUGACAUCAGACCACCUAACUACACCUCAUCAGAAGCAGCAUCACACAGAGAAGACUACUGCACCCCUCAACUCGGUUCUCUGGACUUCUGUUUAUCGUUUUAUCUUCUGUGCCUCCAUGAGACUUGGACGGUGAGAGGGUCAGACCUGCAGAGAGCAUUCAGCACCAUGGAGGAACCGACUGCCAGGACGAGCAAGAAGAAAGUUGUAGCAGUGGUGGGCGGUGGUUUGGUGGGGGCACUCAAUGCCUGCUUCUUUGCCAAAAGAGGCUUUGAAGUGGAAGUCUUUGAAACUCGGGAAGAUAUUCGACAAGCCAAAGUUGUAAAGGGGAGAAGCAUCAACCUGGCUCUGUCUCACCGGGGCCGACAAUCACUGAAGCAUGUUGGGAUGGAGGAGAAGAUUGUCUCCCAGGGGAUCCCCAUGCACGCAAGAAUGAUCCAUUCACCCAGCGGGAAACAGACGCCGAUCCCUUAUGGGAAGAAAGGACAGUUCAUCCUGUCAGUGGACCGAGCCAAUCUGAACAAAGAGCUGCUGACAGCUGCAGAGAAGUAUCCAAACACAAAGCUGAACUUUGACCACAAACUGCAGGACUGGAGCGCUGACACAGGGCUAAUGACCUUUGCCAGGGCUGAUGGGUCCUCACAGCAGAUCCAGGCAGAUCUGAUCGUCGGCUGUGAUGGAGCUUUCUCUGCCAUCCGCAAGCAAUUCCUCCGCCGGAGCCGCUUCAACUACAGCCAGACCUACAUCCCCCACGGCUACAUGGAGCUCAGCAUGCCCCCCAUCAAUGGAGAGUUUGCCAUGAAGCCAAAUUAUCUGCACAUCUGGCCCAGGAACACGUUCAUGAUGAUCGCCUUGCCCAACCUGGACAAGACGUUUACCUGCACCCUCUUCAUGCCGUUUGACGAGUUUGAGAAGAUCACCACAGGAGACGAAGUCCUGGAGUUUUUCCAGAAAUACUUUGCUGACACCAUCCCACUAAUAGGAGUUGAUGCUCUCAAGGAGGAUUAUUUCCGACUGCCUGGGCAGGCCAUGGUGUCUGUCAAGUGCUCCCCGUAUCACAUCGGGGACAAAUGUGUCCUAAUGGGCGAUGCAGCCCACGCAGUGGUGCCUUUUUACGGGCAGGGGAUGAACGCGGGCUUUGAGGACUGCAUUGUCUUUGACGAGAUAAUGGAAAAGUUAAACGAGGAUUUCAGUGCUGUGCUGCCUGAGUACACCAGAGUGAGAGUCCCAGACGACCACGCCAUUGCAGACCUGGCCAUGUACAACUACAUUGAAAUGCGAGCCCAUGUCAACUCCAGAUGGUUCCUUUUCAGAAAACACGUCGAUAACCUCCUCCACUUCAUCAUGCCAAAGACAAUAAUUCCACUCUACACAAUGGUCACUUUCACCAGGACGAGGUACCAUGAAGCCGUGCAGCGCUGGCACUGGCAAGACAAAGUGAUAAACCGGGGCCUGAUGUGCAGCGCUGCUGGAGCUGUUCUGGGAGGUUCCUACCUGCUCAUUAAAAAUCCUCCUGACAUCAACAAGCUCAUCAUGCCGGCUGAGAAAAUGUGGAACAGGCUUCUGGCCCUCAGGACCGCCUGAGCGCCGUCUCUGAUCUGACAGAUAAAAAAAUAAAGCAUGGAACACCAGAGGGAAUCGAGAGAGUCCAAACUUUAAUUA